UCGUGACGUCACUAGGAGGCGCCCUCGCGGGGCGCCGAGCGCAAGUCCCGGAGGCUUCUGGGUAGCGAAUUACUCCCGCCCCCAGCACCGGCGCUUUCCUUUCCGUCCCUGACGCCGCCGAGGUCGCACGCGCGAGGCUGCUCUGCCACCGCUGAGAUGCGUUACGUUGCCUCCUACUUGUUGGCUGCCCUCGGGGGCAAUUCCUCCCCCAGCGCCAAGGACAUCAAAAAGAUCCUGGACAGCGUGGGCAUCGAGGCAGACGACGACCGACUCAACAAGGUCAUCAGUGAGCUCAACGGAAAGAACAUUGAGGACGUCAUUGCCCAGGGUAUUGGCAAGCUGGCCAGUGUGCCCGCGGGCGGGGCUGUGGCCGUCUCUGCUGCCCCAGGAUCUGCAGCACCUGCUGCCGGUUCUGCUCCAGCCGCAGCAGAGGAGAAGAAGGAGGAGAAGAAGGAAGAGUCAGAGGAGUCAGAUGACGACAUGGGCUUUGGCUUGUUUGACUAGAGUCCCGCUUCCCUGCAAAUAAAACCCUUUUUAUGUA